AAAAUCAACUUUGCCAGCCAGGCCCUUACAGCCCCUUGGAGUAGCACCUGCCAGAGGCUGGAGACAAAAUCCAUUGUCAAGCCAGGGGGCAUCUGCCCCACUGAAGACCCCGCACAGCUGCCUGCUGCAUCAUAGACAUUCACAGAAUGCCUUAUCUUGUGAAACUCAUUUUGUUCUUGUUUUGCUUUAUGGCUCUUGUGGGGAGCAGAAAGUCCAGGAGGAAGAGAUGGACAGGCCAAUUGGAAGUGCCCAAGCCAAGUCACACGUAUAAAAAGAACCUUGAUGUAAUGAAAAUCCAAGCAGGAAAACCUCAGCCUCUGCUCAGAGUAGAUGACCAUGAUUUUACCAUGAGGCCAGCCUUUGGAGGCCCUGCCAUCCCUGUGGGUGUGGACGUGCAGGUGGUGAGCUUGGACAGCAUUUCCCCGCUAGACAUGGUGUACCUCAGGUCUGGCUGCAAAUGUUAUACAAAUGCUGAAGAUGCCUCCGUAGAUGGGCAACUUCCAUGGAGAGGGUGCCCGCCUAAGACAGGGAUGAGGCCUCCCAAUGACGGGAUUACUGUCACUGCCAUGUGCAACAUGGACUUCAGCCAUUUUCCCCUGGACUCUCAGACCUGCUCUUUGAAGCUAGAGAGCUAUGCAUACACAGAUGAAGAUCUGAUGCUGUACUGGAAGAACGGGGAUGAGUCCCUGAAAACAGAUGAGAAGAUCUCCUUGUCCCAGUUUCUGAUUCAAAAAUUCUGCACGACUUCUAGGCUGGCCUUCUACAGCAGCACUGGCUAGUACAACCGUCUGUACAUCAACUUCCCGUUGCAUCGUCACAUCUUCUUCUUCCUGCUCCAAUCCUAUUUCCCCGCCACCCUGAUGCUCAUGCUGUCCUGGGUGUCCUUCUGGAUCGAAGACAGAGCUGUGCCUGCCAGAGUGUCACUGGGCAUCAUGACGGUGCUGACCAUGUCCACCAUCAUCACGGGUGUGAAUGCCUCCAUGCCCUGUGUAUCCUACAUCAGGGCCGUGGACAUCUACCUCUGGGUCAGCUUUGUGUUUGUGUUCCUUUCCAUGCUGGAGUAUGCAGCUGUCAACUACCUGACCACAUUGCAUGAAUAGAAGGAAGAAAAGUUUCAGGAGAAGUUUCCGUGCAUGUGUGGAAUGCUUCAUUCAAGAACCAUGAUGCUGGGUGGAAGCUACAGUGAGUCUGAAGCCAAUAGCCUGGCUGGGUACCCAAGAAGCCAUAUUCUUCCAGAAGAAGAACAGCAAGACAAAAUAGUGGUCCACCUGUCCCUGAGCAGUGAAUCCACCUUCUCCAGGAAGAAGGGCCUUUUUAAGGACCAUAUGGGGCUUUCCAUCUUCCAGAAUACCCAUGCCAUCGACAAAUACUCCAGGAGGUUGAUAUUCCCAGCCUUCUACAUAUUUUUCAACCUAAUUUAUUGGUCAGUGUUUUCCUAGGGACUCCAAGGCCACGCCUAGGAAUGGCCAUGGACAUACAACAAGGACACAUGGACCUGAAGGUCACGUUCCCCAUACCGAGCCAAGCAGUUGCUCCUUGACCACCUUGAACACCUUGCUGUAACAUGGAGGGGCCCAGGGGCCUCCAGAUGCCCUCACCAUACCUUUGUGGAUUUAUUUCUAGUUCAUGCUGCAUUCUACAGCACACUUUCCAUCUCUCUGAACACAGCUGUCUCUGUUGUGUCUGAACUUGUUUACAAGAACUCCCCUCUUAUUUAAAAAGACUUAAUGCCUCUUAGAUGUCCUGAGACCCUCAUGAAGCCAAGAAUUCAGCAUGGAAAGAAAGAGAAAAUGAAGGGCAGGUUGAGGGGGCAUUCUAGGUAAGAAACUAGGAACAAAAAUCUAUGAACCCAUACAGUUGGAUUAAGUGCCUACCUGGGGAAGGAAGAAACUCUCAGAUAUGAGACAGGAAGUGAUUUGGCCUGCGUGAACUGGCAACUCACAUGAUUUUAUAGAUAUUAGGGGAAUUAUUCACUUACCACCUCCUCAUUCAACCACUCAUUAAAUAUUGAGUCCCUACCCUGUGACUGGAACUGUAGAAAUGAGCGAAUCAUCUUUUCCCUCUGAGAACUCUACGCUAUGCUUUCUGCACACAUAAUGUAUUGCUGUCUUCCCACUUGUCCACAAACCCAUUUUGUUACUGGUGUUUCUAUUCCAAGGCUGUCUAGAAAAGCAAUUCCAGGCUCUUGUGAUGUUAUCACGAAGCAAGCUCAGUGCUUCUCUCCUGGAAUAUCCACCUCAUACUCUAGAAUGAUUUUCUCCCCUUACUUCUACACUCUAGUGGCCCUUUCUUCUACUGCAGCUGAGUCAGAGUGAAGAAGGUGAUCUGGCUUAUUGAAUCAACAUUAUGUUGUGAAUCGUCAUUUCUCUUAACCUUGUGCUAGGAGAUGGCUAAAUAACUUGAGGAAAUCUCUA